AGAUGGCGAAGAUCAAUUAACUUUUAAAAUCGGAAUAAAUUUCAUAAAAUUUCCAGUAGAAAGAUAAUAAUUUAUCGUUUUUAUUACGUGAUGACAUCCAUUCAUUGUAUAGUCCAUCCUUUACCUGGAACAGAUGACCAGUUGAACGAUAGAUUAAGAGAAGUUGCAGAGAAAGUCAGCCAUCAUGGUUUUGUCAGUGCACCAGCAUUUAGAGCCAUCAGAAAUCUUGUUGUCACACAAUGUGUUGUUGGACCAACUUAUAUUGCUUUACUCCUUGAGGAUGGUAGAGUUUGCAGAAUUCCAUUCAGUAUUGUGACAGAUAAGCUUGAUCUUAACAAAUCAGACACCAAAACGACCAUAAAGAGAGAUAGGAGUGAAAGAACAGCUCCAUCCAGAGGUGGUGGAACCUUAAUUGUAGAAAGUCCUAUGGUUUUAGUAUCAGAUAUACUUGGAUCAGGGGCUGAACAGAGUACUGGGCGAUGGGGAAGUACUGUGACCGGAGCUGCUGCUACAACCAGGAGUACCAGUGGAAGUUCAGGAGCUCAACAAGCAUUCAGUCGUCAGAUGCAGAGAUCUGCCCAUGUUGGACGAGGUCGAAGGUCAGGGGUUAUAGUUGGCACAAGGCCUAUGGUCCCGGCCUCUGUUGUUCCAGAAGAGUUAAUUAGUCAGUGUCAAGUUGUAUUACAAGGGAAGUCACGGAACUUAAUCAUCAGAGAAUUACAGAGGACAAAUCUGGAUGUAAAUCUUGCUGUGAACAACUUACUGAGUCGUGAUGACGAGGGUGAAGAUAACGAUGACGACAGCCAGGAAUCUUAUAUGCCUGAUGAUCUCAUGUCUUUAUUGGAUAGUGGUAUGCACUCUGACCACCCUGGUGUAAUCAUUGAUGCAGAUGCCAUGUACAAUGAAGAUGUGUUCGGUUAUUAUUCUACUCUAAGGAGCCGUGGUUCUGGAACACGAUCUAGAUUAGGUGAUAGAGAUGUGGAUUUAGAUAGAUCUAGAGAAAGAGAAUCCAUUUUUAGAAUCCGAGAGCGACGUAGACUAGAUACCACUUUGAGAGAGGAAGCCAUGAAAGCAUUGGAUCGUGGGAAGACUGACAGUUUAGACGCUGAUGGAUUGAAGAAACAGAGACAGCCAACAGAUAGUCCACUGAACUUUGGUGAAGAGUUACAGUUCUUUACUGAAAGGGAUGGAAGUUCUGGUAGAUUUUCUCAUAUUGCUGCCAUGCACUCAGAACUGGUUUGUGUAGGAACUAAUGGUAACCUGUACAGCUGGAAAUGGAAUGAAUCAGAACCAUAUAGACAUCCUGAGAAUCCAAAUAUACGUCACCCAAAAGUAGUUCAACUCGGUCUACAGCACGAGAAAAUUAUUGGCAUGUCAGCAUGCAAUGUACGGGCAUCAGUGUUCACAGAGACUCACCGUGUGGCAACAUGGGUUGAUGAAACUCUCAACAAAGUAGCAUCCAAGCUUGAACAUGCAGUACAGACCUUCCCAGAAUUCCUCACAGACAAAAUAGUCUCCCUUCAUACAUGUUCUCUGUAUACAUGUGCCAGGUUGGAAAGUGGCGGGUUGUAUUGGUGGGGUGUGAUGCCAUUUGGUCAGAGAAAGAAAAUGGUCGAAAGAACAAGAACAAAGAAGAAAAAGAGCAAGGACACAUCUUCAUUCUCAACAUUUAGUUCUAGUGACGUAAUGACUGGAUCAUUAGUUUGUCUGCGCAGUUCUCCUAUGUACCAUAUCGGUGCUCUAGCUUUUACCUCAGUUGAUGGAGUACCUAAAGUUGGUCAGCUUCUGGAAUCAGCCUGGUCACUUAAUGAUUCUUGUCGAUUUAAAAUUCUUAAAAGCAUUGUUAGUGAAUUAAAACCUGAGCCUAAAAUGGAGGUCAGACCACCUGAAAGUAAACCAGACAUGCCUCCUCCUCCUUCACCAGAUUCCUCUACCUGUAGUGACCACAGUGGAACAUCUCUAGUCAGUCCAGCAUCUCUUAAAAGAAAGAAAGCCCCAACACCUAUUAAGGAGUUUGAAAAGAAAGAUGAAGAAGCAUGGCCACUUAAGAAUGUCAUCUUUGUGGAAGAUGUCAAAACUGUACCUGUUGGCAAAGUUGUAAAGGUUGAUGGAGAUUAUGCAGCUGUCAAAUUUCAGACAAAAGAUGAACAGCCCAGCAAAGAUGAUCUAACAACCCUGCUCCAAGAUUGCAGAUUACUAAGGAAAGAUGAUUUACAGGUGGUGAAAAGUGUAAAUGCCCCACGCUUGCCAGAUUGCUUCCAGAAAACCCCAAAGAAAGUGACAUUAUCAGAGAAUGGUCAGAUAUUGGCAGUAGCUGUAGAUUCUGAAGGAAUACAUGUAAUAGCUCGGUCAGGAUCUAAACUUAGUUACAUGGUCUACAAUUUAACGACUGGAAAGCUAGACCAAGAUGCACCAUUCCCAACAGAUACACAAGCAUUCAUGGGAAGUCUCCGGAGUGAUAUCACCCUCCACAACACAGGAGAUGAACUUCUAGUCCAGCUGAGAGAUGGUAAUGGUGCUAUAUAUCCUCUUGCCAAGGAUUGUAAUGAUGGGAUACGUGAUCCCAUGUGGUUAAACCUCCCACCAAUCAGAUGCCUUGGAAUGAGGGUCCAGGGACUUACCAAUACCAUACUAAAUCAGAAAAACAAAGCAGCUGUCAUUGUACUGGCUGUUGAGCAUCAAACAUUGAUACAACACAUUUUACGCUGUGAUUUAGAGAAGGUCAAGACAAUCCUGUCAACAUUAGAACAAGAACACAAUACUCAGGGUGGUCAGAAUCAGUUGAAGGAUAUAUUACAUGAGCACUGUGAUGGCAACAGAAAUAUUAUCCAUACAUGUGUGGCUAUGUGUGUCCCAACUUCAAAUAAAGAUUAUGACGCAGAUCCACCAAGUCUCCCUACAACAACAUCAUCUAGUAGUCCUUUCACAUCAGCCCUGGAGGCUAUUAAUGCAGUCAGUAGUGCAGUUGAUGCUUUAGCUGCCAUUCAGUCCAGAAGUUCUCAUUCAGAGCCUCGGAGUGUUGCCAAUAGAAAUGAGAUGAUCAGAGAUAUGAUGAGGAUAACUACAGUGGCCAGACCUCGGAGCAGUACAGGGUCCAGAGCAGGACUGGACAUCAGUGAUUCUGACAGAGAGAGUGAUCCAGGGAUAUGUGUUCCUACACUGUCAUGGCCGCCAGACCCACCAACUUAUGCUGAAUCAUUGUAUAUGGAUACAGGAUUACCCCACCCUGUUGGUAACAUUGGUCCACUAGGCCCUCCAGAGUUCAGUACUGUUUGUGUUCCUCCAGUGAAAAUGGACGAGAAAGAACGCAGGAACAAAGCCAAUCAAAUUCUAAAAAUACUCUGUGAUUCUCCAGUAUUACAACAGCAUCUACCAGGUCUUUUGUCUGCAAGAAAUGCUGAAGGAUUAACUCCCUUUAUGCAGUCAGUUCGAGGUUGUGCAUACCAGGGAGCCCUUGUUAUCCUUGACACAUGUAGAAAGUUGACCAGUAAGGAUGACACAGACAAAACAACAUUCAUGAAGAUGAUUUAUCCACCCGGCUCCACCCUCGACAGUUCUCCACUACAGAUGUUAUGUUGUAAUGACACUUGUAGUUUUACGUGGACGGGUAGAGAACAUAUAAAACAGGAUAUUUUCGAGUGUAAGACUUGUGGGUUGACUGGGUCUCUGUGUUGCUGUACAGAGUGUGCAAGGGUGUGUCAUAAAGGACAUGAUUGCAAAAUGAAGAGGACCUCACCAACUGCUUACUGUGACUGCUGGGAAAAAUGUAAAUGUAAAAGUCUGAUUGCUGGACAACAGGGACCGAGGUUUGACUUGUUGAGCAAAAUACUAACAGACACAGAUCUGGUUACUCUCCCUAAUAGCAGAGGAGAGAAUAUUUUACUGUUCCUUGUACAGACUGUUGGUCGACAGCUUGUAGAACAGAGACAGUAUAGGCCUGCAAGAACUAGAGCCCCAGGGACCAGAAACAAAACUUUAGCCCAAGAAUUAGACAUGGAGAUGCCAGAACAUGACCUUGAACCCCCAAAGUUUAGUCGCAGGGCAUUAGAAAGAAUUCUGAACGACUGGACAGCAGUAAAGGCCAUGAUACACAGUGGGAAGAAACAGAACACAAGUUCACCAGAUGUUGUGUAUGAAGAUCAGUUAUAUUUGGACAGUCAAAGUGGCACAGCUCAUCUAGACAAAUUUACACACAAUCUUUUGGUCAAGUGUAGUGUAGAGAUGUUAGAAACAUUACUGACGACAUUGAUCCGAGAGAUGCAGAAUGAUAAUACUGAGGGUCGUAAAGCAGAGGCAAAAACUGUGGCUCGUAGAUUUGUACGAUCGGUAGCAAGAAUCUUUGUCGUCAUCAGUAUUGAGAUGUCACCUGAUGCUAACAAAAAGAAAAGUUCAACGUCUAAGUCAUGUGAGGCAUUAGUGAGAUGUAAAAAGGCUUUCCAGGCUUUGAUAAACAUAGCUAUUGAAGAACUUUGUGAGAUUGGCAACUCACUAAUUGCUCCAGUAAGAAUGGGAGUCACAAGACCUACUGCUCCAUUCUCAUUGGUCAGUGGAAAUAUUGAAGCUGUACAGGGAAGUGAGGAGAUAUUCAAUGUUGAUCCACUUCCAGCCAGAACAAGUUCUUCAGACACUGGAACUGGUUCAUCUUACAUUUCUCACUCAAGUGUGCUACCAUCACACCAGAGCAACAGGGAUCCAGUUGAAAGAGACGAUGAUGAAAUAAUGCAAGCAGACGUUGAAGAGGUUGAGGUAGUUGAUGGAUUGGAAAGAGACGAUGACCAAUCAGAUAUUGAUCACAAUGAAGACCACCAAUCAGAACACUCAGAUCAGGAUCAAGGUCAUGGUGACCAUGAAGAAGGUGCUGCUGAAAGUGAUAUGGAUUUGGAUUUGCUGGCAGAAUCUGAGAGUGACAGUGAAAGUAGUCAUAGCAACCAGGAUAAUGUUAGUGUACAGAGGAGUGCUGUUACCGCAGCAACAGCAGGUUCAGAUGCAGGAACAGGACCAUUAAGUCUCGCCCAUUUCUCAGAAGAUAGUGGUGACUCUCCAGACUCGUCAAAUCAAGAGGAUGAUUAUGAGAGCGACGAAAACCAAAGUGAGGCUAAUGAUGCAGACGAUAUGAAUUUUAUUGAUGAACAGUUAGAAAGAUGUAAUACAUCAGGGACUCAUGGACAGAGAACUCUUCAAGCCCCACAGACAAUGCAGUGGGCCAUAAGACAGAGGGACACAACCUCCUCUAGACCAACACCUUCAGCUGCUGCUAAUACUACCUCAGGAGGAACAAGUGGUCUGAUAUAUAUUGAUCCCUCCACAUUAAGAAGAACCACAACCGUGACGACUACAUCCGCCCAAAGUCAUGACAAUGCUGUAACCAUGACUACCACUGCCAGUCAGCUUGCCAGAGGGUUUGGAAUAAUAGUUCGUCAGAUUGCCGACCUUCUUACAAUGUUACAGGAUUACCAUGCCUUAGCUCCAGGAUUGCCCAGGACAUUAGACAUAUCAGAUCAGGAAGCUAUAGAUUUACAUUUUUUCUCCGAGUGGAAUCUACGCCAUACAUGGGAGUGGUUAUUUGAUGUGAUGGACUCGACAGAAGCUCAGCUGAGAUUUGGUUCAGCAUUAAGUAACACCUCAGACCAAUCUAACCCUGUGCAUCCACUGCACUCCAACUACGUCAGGACUCAGAGGGAAAGAAACAAUCAGGAAGAAUCUCAUCCAAUAUCACAAUUUCUGGAGAGACGUAGAGCGAGAUUCGGUACUAUAGCAUCAGCUGAUGGCAGUGUUGCUAGGAGAGAUUUUCUAAACUAUGCAUUGUCAUUGAUGAGGUCACAUAAUGACGAGCAUUCAGACUCUCUUCCAAGUUUGGACAUAUCGGCUAUGCGUCAUGUUGCUUAUGUCUUUGAUGCCUUGAUAUAUUACAUGAGAAGUGGGACAGAUUCUGAUACUGAUGUGAUACGUGAUGGGAUAUCUGUGAUAUCAUGUGAUCAUGACGAAAAUGAAAAUGAGGAACAUGAUGACGAAAUAACGGGAAACAGUUUGUCUGGAGUUGAAAAUGAAAGUAUGGAUGGUGAAAGUGAGACGACAGGGAAGUCUGGCAGAAAACAUCCAUUUUUUCAUCGUUCUGAAUCUACCAUAUUUUUAGGAUGUCCUCCUCCAGAUCCUUUUAAAACACCUUUAGUAGAAGCUCUCCCAUUGGCUGACCAGCCACACCUUCUCCAUCCAAAUUCAAGGAGAGAAGAUUUGUUUGGAAUGGCGAGACAAACAGUAUCUGCUGUAACUUCAUGUGAAACCAAAGUUCAGCCUGCAUUCACUGAGCCAUGGAACCUGUCUGAUAAAGUUCCAGUACGCAUGGCCUUGACUGCUAGACUUUCUGACAUACCUGUCCCCACAGCUACAACUGCUGUGCCAGGUACCAGUUCAACAACAGCUCCACCUGUGACAACAUCUGCUACAGACUUGUCGUAUAAUAAUGCUAGUGUCAUAGUCAAACCUCUGUCUCAUAUGCCAUCAACUAGUUCCUUGUUUAAUCCAAAUCUACCGGGACCAUCUCAACAUAGUAGAGUCCCAGAGGCACCAUUUCACAACAGAUUUCCUACUGAAGAACCAAUGAACUUAUCAUCAUCACAUGAAGUCAGUCUUUCCAGUGAUUUAUCUCAAGCAGACACUCAAUCACUGGAGCAAAAAAUUGAAGGGCAACAAGCUAGUGUUAUCGUGCAUGCCAGCUCUGCACAAGCCUCUUCGUCUGUUUCAAAGUUAUCGUCUGCGAGCUUAACUGCCUCUCCAUUAAAAUCUUUGUUAUCGUCUCAAGAUGAUAAAAUUACUUCUGAUUUUCCAUCUCAGUCUUCACAUGAAAGGUCAGAUAGUGAAUCCAAAGGUCAAAGUUCACAGAGUGUAAGGUCAGAUGAAACACCUUGCAGUAUGGACACAGUUAUAUCAGGAAGUGCUUUGUCAACAGAGGGCAGCACUGGUCCUCAGACUAGUAGUACACUAAGUGGAAGUCUUGGUGCAAGUGUACCCAGUUCAAGUACAGAAGGACCUGUAGAUAUAGUAGGAGCCAAUGAAAAUGUUGCUAACACUGUUGUCAUAGAAACAUCUCAAGCAUCAACAUCUGUCUUGUCACCAGCUACUGCACCAUUUCCAUUUACAUCAACAAGCAGACAGAAUCCUAUUGGUCAGCAAUUGUCACAUGAUGUUCUCUUAGGAAGAUGGCGUUUGGCUUUAGACUUAUUUGGGCGUGUCUUCUGUGAUGAUGUCGGGGCAGAACCUGGAUCUGUGAUUAGUGAGCUAGGUGGAUUCCCUGUGAAAGAAAGUAAAUUCCGAAGAGAAAUGGAGAAGAUUCGUAACUCUCAGCAGAGAGAUUUAACACUUGAGGUAGAAAGGGACCGAAACCAGUUAAUUGUCCAGUCUUUCAAGCAGCUAAACAAUCAGUUCAACAGAAGAACAAAUACUAGUGGUCAACCAUUGGCUGUACAUAGGGCAAAGGUUACUUUCAAGGAUGAGCCUGGAGAAGGCAGUGGGGUGGCAAGGAGUUUUUAUACUGCCAUUGCUAAUGCUGUUUUAUCACAAGAGAAGUUACCAUCCUUAGACGGUGUCAUGGUUGGUCAGAAAUCAUCAUCAUACAACCUGAUUCAAAGAGCAAGAUCUAGAGACAAAGAAAGACAAAGACAGCAAGCCAACAUCCAGAGACGUAGAAGUCGCGACAGAGAAUUAAGAUCUACAUUAUCAUUAGAUGCUCCACCAUUUUAUAUGCCCUCUGACCCCGCUGGAACAAAUAAUAAUAGUACACCUACCACUGUUCCCUCUAGUGAGAGUUCGUCAGUGACAGAUAGUGGGAGUGACACAAUUUCUCAGUACAGACGACAACUCGGUGAACGGUUGUAUCCAAGAGUUAGUGCAUUACAAGCUUCUUUAGCUCCAAAGAUCACAGGUAUGUUGUUAGAAUUAUCUCCUGCUCAACUCCUGCUGAUGUUGACGUCAGAAGAAACACUUCGACAGAGAGUGGAGGAAGCUGUAGAACUUAUCCAGUCCCCAGGAAGGGAACUGAGCGCUGAAGCAUUGCUAGAUUUAGAUAUAUUUAAUUUAUCUGCGACGGAUAAAAAGAAGAAGGUAACAGAAAGACGUACUGACAUUGAUGAUGAGGAGGACUUGGAUGAUAGUUCUCCUUUAUUUUGGCAACCUGGAAAACGUGGUUUUUAUUCCCCACGACCAGGAAAAAACUCACCUGAAAGACUCAAUGCAUUUAGGAAUGUUGGAAGAAUAAUUGGUUUAUGUUUGUUACAAAAUGAAAUGUGUCCGCUAUUCUUAAAUCGUCACGUACUGAAGUACAUCCUUGGACGUAAGAUUGGCUGGCAUGACCUAGCAUUCUUUGAUUCUGUUAUGUAUGAAAGUUUACGACAAUUGGUGCUAGACUCUGAGAAAAAGGAUGCCAGUUUGUUAUUCACUGCCCUGGAUAUGAAUUUCUGUGUGGAAAUGAACCCAGAAUUGGGUGGCGAGUCAGUAGAAUUAAUUCCCGGUGGUGCUGAUAUUGAGGUCAAUGCUCAGAAUGUGCAUGACUAUGUUAGAAGAUAUGCUGAACUUAGGAUGGUGAAAGUUGCAGAGAAAGCUCUAAAGAGUUUACAACAGGGUGUUUUUGAUGUUAUACCUGCUGCUAACUUAGAAGGACUGACUUCAGAAGAUUUACGAUUGUUGUUGAAUGGUGUCGGAGAUAUAAAUGUACAGACUCUGAUUAGUUACACAUCAUUUAAUGAUGAGAGUGGGGAAGGCAAUGAUAAAGUACAAAGAUUCAAAAGAUGGCUGUGGUCUGUUGUGGAAAAAAUGAAUAAUCAAGAAAGACAAGAUUUGGUAUAUUUCUGGACAUCCAGCCCAGCAUUGCCUGCCAGUGAGGAGGGAUUCCAACCGAUGCCAAGCAUUACACUUCGCCCUGCAGACGAUGAUCACCUGCCAACAGCAAACACCUGCAUUUCUAGACUUUAUAUUCCGUUAUAUUCAUCUAAAAUUAUUCUACGAAGUAAACUGUUAUUAGCAAUUAAAACCAAAGCCUUUGGUUUUGUAUAAUGAGAAAGACCAUUCACAAUGUAGUGAAUAGUGUUAAAUGUUAGCCAAUAAUGAAUUAAUUUGCCAUUUUAUAUUGAUUUGGACAUUGUAUUUUGGGAGGGUAAGACUGCCUGAAUAUUAGUUAGGUUAUCUUUACUGUGUAACAUCUCUUAAUUACUUGGAGAUCAACACCAAAAGGAUAAAACAGGAUUUUAUCUUAAAUUUUAUACUACAAGCAUUCAGUCAAAAUUUGACAAAUACUGGCAUACUAUAAUAUUUUUAUUUACAAAAAUUUGCUUUAUUAUGAUUUAAUUAACAGCUAUAGAUAAAUUACAGAGGGCGUCUGUAUAUCAAUGAUUUGGGUGUUUUUGUAUAAUGGUGAAUCAUUUGAUAUUUUGCCUCCUUAAUUUUGUAUUUACGAAUACAAAUAUUGAAUUCAUUGCUUUGUACAGAUCAGUUGAAGAGACUUCAAUAAGUAUUAGAAAAAUAUCUUUUAUAAAAAGAUUUAAGGAAUAUGUUUUGAAUUUGUUGUAAAAAACAGAAUAAUAAUUAAUAUUAUGAGGAUAUUGACUGUAAUCAGUUUAGAAUUACACAAAACUUAGUGAAAGUCAACGUUUAUUUAUUAUUGAUUCCCAUGCUAAAAUUGAUUAUUGUCUUGACUUUGAUGUCCUUAUCUUUAACUGAACAGAUGCAUAUGAUGGACAAAUUAUAGUUCAGCAUUGUAUUAAAUGGUUCAAUUUGAUGAUAGAAAGUGAUCUGUUCAAAAUUGAAUGUUUCUUAACAAAAAAUUUGUUCCAACACAUCUAAUUAUAGAAACUGUUUAAUUUAUAAACUGUGCUAUUAUUUAUAAAGUUCUGUGAAAAUGUAUCUUUCAAAAGAUUUUAUUGGGACUGAUAAUUUCAUGUGUAUGAUAAAUUGGUUCAAAUCAUAUCUGAAAUGCACAGACAUACUGGACGAAUGAAAUUGCCAUACUUGACUGUACUAAGUGCAAGUAUAUCAUCUUGCAGAGCUAGAGGUUAUUCGAAGUAAAUAUGCUGCUUUCCAACAAAAUAGUUUUUUUUAAUCAUUUGGUCUGAAAAAAAAAAAGCAAUAUUGUAUAUUUUCAGCAGAUUUUGUAUUAUAAAAGUCAGAUUCUUUCUGUUUAUGUAUUCAAUAACACAAGGAUGAAAAUAAGGGGGAAAGCCUUCAGAAAAUUAAAAAAUAAUAGUUUGUUGAUCCUUUUUCAGCAAUAAGUAUGCUCAAGCUAUAAAUUAUCAUUGAUUAUGUUUAAAUUUUGAUAAAAAAGGAAUAAGGCAGCUUUUGGCUGAUCUAGUUUUGCUCUUACAGUUUGAAAUUUUAUAAUAAAUUUUCAUGGUUUUCAUUUUCAACCUCAGAUUUCACCUUUUCCAUCAGAAUUCACAUAUUUCCUUAGUUGCUAAUGAAGCAUGUUUCUUGGUUGACUGUUCAUGUAACAUAAAUGAGACUCUGUCAGUGUCAAAUUUGAAAAGUGUGAAUCAUGGUAUGAUUGAGUAUAUAGCUUCUAAUGUGUGUAUUUAAUUUGAUCAAAGUGUGAGAUGUGGAGAAAUCCUUAUUAUAUAACAUUUUCAUCCCUGAAUGAUUUGUGUUGAAUCUUCUCAAAGAAGUUGUCAAGAAUGUAUCUGUUAUUUUUGGCCAAUGGACAUUUAUUGGUCAACAGUUUAUUAAUUUGUCUUGUAAAAGAUGAAACAAUUGAUAAUUUGAAUAAUAGAAGUUAAGUAUAAAUUUCACAUUUCAAACCCUGUUAUUUAAAAGCCAAAUUCAUCUUUAGGUUUUUUUUAAAUGGGAAAAUGAUUAAAACUGUCUGAACUAACACCUCCUUGGGUUUGUGUAUGUUGAGUCCUUUACGUGGAUACCAGUGUAUGUUAGGUUGUCAAAUUAAAUGCUGCUAAUUUGACAACAGCAUUGAAGUUAACUGCAGUAUUUAUUGGUGCACAUGAUUCACCAAAUCUUUCUGGGCAGUUUUCUUAUCGCGAUUUAAUUAGAAAUAUACAUAAUUUUCUUGAUAUGGAAGAGAGACCUAACCACAGUGGGUUUAUUAUUUAAAGUGGUAAUGAUUUCAGUAGACUUUUAGGAUAAUCUGAUAUCAAAGUAGGCUAAAAUCCGAAAAUGCUGUUACUGAAUCAUUCUGACAAAAGCUGGCGUCACUUCAGUCUGGAAGUCCACUUUACCAAAGUUAGUGUAAAAAUUACAACAUUGUCAUAAACUCUUGUUUUAAUACGUUAUUUCAAAGGAAUUCAUUAAUCAAUUAACCCCUUUUGGCUGAUGACUUUGCCAAAUUAAGCAGAUGUUUGGUUUUCAAGGGAGUUCAUCCUGAUAGAAUGUUUAGAAAAUUUGUUUGUCACUCAUGGCUCUUUUAACACCGAUUUUAAUAUUAAUUCUCAAUAUUUAUGUAAAUUUCAAUAUACAUGGAUAGUUGUCUAUAUGGCAAUCAUACCAGAUCUCCUUAUUUUUAUAUUUAAGCCCUUUUCCCAAAAAAAAAGGAAAGAAAAUAUUUAACAAAGGUCGAUAGGAAAUGCAUUGGAUCAGCUCAUGUAGAAUAUUGUUUUUCCCAGAACAAAAUAAAUAUAAAUCAUUCAUUUAGAUGCAGUAAAAAGUGGUGAUUUCCAUGUGUACAAGUAACAGAGUUAAUGGUCUGGAAGUGUUAGCUAGUAUUUAUGGGUUACCUGUUUUAAACUAAUUUUUUUAAAACAAACCAUUUUUCUAAAUACAGGGCAAUUUUAAAGUUCUUUGAAGGGGAAAUUGUAAACCUGUAGGUUUAAAUAACUUUAAACCACACAUCUUUCUUAAGCAAUGAAAAUUUGACUGACAAAUACCUAAAUGUAUUUAAAAUAUGUGUUACUAAGAGUUCCUGAUUUUAAUGAACCAGAUUUUUUUUUAUAUAUUCUGAGGGAUCAGAGACCUUUGUAAUGUUCAUUCACUUUUCACUUACAUCAUUACUGCCAUCUGUGUUCUAGGAAUUUUAAGCCAGAUGCUGUAAUUUACGUUUUGCUAAAAAUCUCUCAGAACCCAAGAGAUUGUGUAUCACAUGCAUUUAAAUUUUGUUGUUAUUAUUAUAGAACUGUUUUGUAUACAUUUUACUUACAUGAAAUUUGAUGUAUGACCAUCAGCAGCAAAGAAAAGCUAUAAUGAAUAAAUGAGUGAAUCCAG